AUGACGAAAGCUGAAGUACUCGCAGUGUCCAGCAGUUCGGAUGUGUCUGGUACUGCAUCGGUGGCUGCACCGCAAGGCUUCCGAUUGACGCACGUUCUACGAGGUCACACGUCUGAUGUGCGAUCCGUCGCAACGACCUUUGACAGCCUCUCAGUUCGCGAAGCCUUGCUUUCAGGCUCCAGAGACGAGACAGCUACGUACUGGUCUCGAUCCGUCAACCCCUCCGGUCCAUCCUCGAAUCCCAACGCUGGCUUCGAGAGGGGCGCCAUCUUCCACGGACACCGCUUCUGCAAUGCUGUCGACUUCGUGACGCCUUCGCCCUCAUUCGAACUGCCACAAGGACAGAUCCUGAUGGGUAGUCUCGACUCGCAGAUCCGCUGCUUCGACCCUCUUCGUGCGGAUAAGCCGCUGCAGGUGCUCUCGGAUCACUGGGACAACGUCUCCGUGCUCAAGGCGUAUCGACAUCGGACAGAAGGGGAGACGGCAGUACCGGUGUUUAUCUCGGCGAGCUGGGACAAGACAGCCAGAGUGUGGAUAUGGGAUCCUGUAGAAGGCAAGUGGAAGAGCAGGUUGGUGCUGCGUGGUCACGACGAGGCCGUGUGGGGAGUGCAGAUUGUCGAGCCUCCAUCAUCGGCUGUCCUGGAAGGAGAUCCAGAGCUUCCUAACCAGGGCAGGUACCUCACCUCUUCCGCAGACCUCUUCAUCCGCCUCUUCCACGGCGAGCAGCUGUAUGCCGUCUACGCCGGGCACACGGACGUCGUUCGCUCGUUGCACAUCUUACCAACCUUGCCCUCUUCGCACAUCGCAGACGUAGAGGCAGAGGAACCUGCUAAGAAUGAUGCGAGGCCACCGUUCUACCCAGACGAACAGCUUUUCGCAUCGACAUCCAACGACGGCACCAUUCGCAUCUGGUCGCUCGACGCCCGCCGUAGCCCAAACCCCGGAAAUGGCGGAGAAGCUCUUGGCGUGCUCCACGGCCACACUUCGCUCGUCUACGACGUGGCUGCCUACAUCGAGCGCGGUACGGGUCAGCCGAGAUUGGUGAGUAGCGGCGAAGAUGGCUCAUUUCGCGUGUGGGACUGGGUCUCGGGCAAGCUACUGCAGACAGUUCCAGUGCCGGUGGUCUCGGUGUGGUCUAUCUCUGUCCUUCCUCAGACACAAGACGUCGUCGCGGGGUGCAGUGACGGCCUGGUGCGCAUCUACUCCCGCCGACCCUGUCCGCCAUCAGCAGCAGACAGCGAGUUCUCCGGCGCGCCACUGUCAGAAUCCGAACUGGCUGAUGAAGUACAGAGAGCGCAGGACGUUCAGGCGCAACUCACUCUUGCAACACAAGCAAAGGAGUCGUCCACCGAAGCCUCCCCCGACGAGCCAGGUCAGAUGCACGACGGCAAGUCCUACGACUAUGUUCUCCAGAUCGACGUCUCCGACGACGCUGAGCCGCUACCUUUCCCCAUCAAUCGGGACGAUGACAGACGGCAAGGGGCGGCAGAUUUCGUCGCUCUGCACCAGCUGCCCGAGUCGUACGUCGAAAGGAUCGUCGAGUUUGUCAAUCUGGUACUGGGAUGA